AUGGCUGCCGCCAACGCGGUCAGUGCGAACGGCUUGUCCAGCAACGCUGCUGUUGCGUCUUCUGCAGCCGCCGCGCCGGCAAGUCCCAGUGGUAGUAGCAAUGGGAGUGAAAACAACGGCAACGGUACGGCAGCGACGAAGCGGAAACGCGAUGAUAGCAGCAAUAGCGACGAAGUGAUGGCCGAAGCAGGUGCAUCGCCAUCUGCAGCUGCGGCAGGAUCGCACGCCACGGCCAUCAACCAAAUUAAGGAGGCCUCGUCUGGCUCCGCAUCGCCCGCCCUCUCAUCGAAGCCGAACAACGGAAAUACAGGAACAGCUAGCAACGGCAGCCAUGCAGCGCCGGGUCCUAUUGUGUCGACGACCGCGGGCAACCGGGACGAGAAGGGCCUGAUCCGUGACUAUUUUGGCGUUCUCCAAUCCUUCGACAAUUCCACCCCUCCUAUUCUCUCACGACGACUGCUGCCUGACUCCCCUGUAUCAGACGAGCCGGAAGCCAAACGGCAAAAGGCUGAUGGCUCUGCCAGCCAACCCAACUCGCAGACAGCGAAGUCUAUUUCCGACAAGGUCAAGAACGACGCUUACAUGUUGUUGGACGACCUCGUGUUGGACAUUGCUGCCGUUGUUCGCAGCGAACUGGCCGCUCUCGAUGCACCCACACCAGCCGAAUCCGAAGGCAAGACAGAAGGCGAAGCCGCAAACGACGCCAAGGAGGACGUUGACGCGAACGACGCAACUGAACCGAAGCAAAAUGCAUACAAUACGGCAGACAAGGACGUUAGAGCGAAGCGAGCAGCCAUUGCGCAUAUUGCUAAAUUUCGCGAGGCCGCAUACGACCUCUAUCGCCGAGAAACUGCGUACCCUAAAUCUGGACCACUGCAUGGCAAAACAGGAGGCAAGAUUGGCAAUAAUGUGUCUGUGUCUAUAUCGUCUUCGAACCGGGGCGAGCCUGUUUUGACCGUCUUUGGUAAUGCGCCUGGUCCCCGGCAGCUAUUUUCAAGUCUGCCCUCGCGCGGGUCGGCUGUCAAGGCGCAAACCCCCUGUGGAGCUGAUGAUGGUGACGACCAGAUCGGCGACCUUGUCCGGGAAGACAUCGAUGUCAGCUUUGGUGGUAACAUGACCCUCACCCGCGUUUUCGCGCCGCCUCCUCCUGACAAGAAUAACCGCGCCCCGACUUUUGGCGAACUGUUUCCGUCUCCCCGUAACUUGCCUCCGUUGCAGCCACCAAAGGCACCAAAGAGCACGACCAAGUCCACAACACUGGGGUUCUACCAUCCAGAGCUGGCCGAGAGAUCCAAAUAUCGAACGGGUUCUUAUUCUACCCAACAAAUUACGAUGGGCCACUGGCUUGACUACAGCAAUGCCACACCGUCAUCGCAGAUUAAGACCCGCCAGCGUGAACGGGCCCAAAGCUUGGCCGGCCGCAAGCCAUCCGCAACGGAACUCGAGCUGUCCGAGAUGGAGUCUCUUUUCCGUGGCGCUUUUUCCAGCUUUGCGCCGUCAAAGGAUGACUCUGCCGCAAUUGUGCCUGCUACCCAGGUCGGUCGUAUGUGGUGGCAGCGCGUUGGCCACCGUGUUUUUCAACGUAUGGUUGAGAAGGAGCUUAAUACCGACGAGCACUAUGUUGAGGACGCCUCGACACCUGACGACUUGGCUUCAGCUAAUGUGCUUGAUGAGGAGGCUCUACAGAAAACAAUCGCCGAGUGGGACGAUAGUCUGGUCGACCCAUCACUGGAAGAGGUCAUGGGAGCGAAGUCGGAUGCGGACAACGAUGCCGACGAGAUGCUCCAGGAAGUCUCGGACUUGGUUAUUACGCUCGCGUCGUACCAGCGCAACCGCAAUCUCACACUGCCGACCAGCCAAGACCGCUUCUCGGCCGAUCCUGUCAACGCGGACAUGCUACGGAAUGGCACACUCGCUCAACAACCCAGCGAAGAAGAAAUGCUCACGUACCAAACGCUCAAGGCGCAGCUGUCCCUUAUCAUCCAGGCCCUUCCCCCCUACGCUGUGGCACGUCUCAAUUCGGACAAGCUUGAGGAGCUGAACAUCAGCACUAAGAUUGAGGUCCGCGGAGAAGAGUACCACGGUAUUUUGGACGAGGACGAAUCUAUCGUCCGUGCCCGCCAAGCUGCCCAGGCGGCUCAAGCUGCGACCAGUUCACCGCAGCGCACGCCAGCUCAUAGGUCAGCGAGCGUCUCGGUGAACCAUAACUACGGCCCGCAGUUCAACACUCCAAGCAGGACCCCAAUGGUUUCUGGUGGUGCCUUCUACUCUGGCCAACAUCAGACGCCGGCCCGUGCAGGCCCACCGCAUAGAGCGUCCGUGGCCGGUGCUGGCGGUACUCCUGCGGCUGCACUCCCCCCGCAUGUCCGACCGGGUGCACAGGCCCAACCUCCGUUCCGGCCAUCGCCUAAUGGUUACAACUACGGUCCUAUGGCUAAGGCCCAGCCACAUAUGCAGGCUCGGCAAGGGAUGCAACACCAGCCACCAGGCCCUGGUUUUGCACCAGGCCAGCAAGUGUCUCCGCAUAUGUCACCACAGCGCGUUGCCUCGCAGCCUCUACCGGGCUCUUAUGGAUCGCCAGCUAUGCAACCAGGCACCCCGCAACAAUUCCGCUAUCCACCGGGCACACCGGGCUUUCCGCAGCAAGUUCCACUUCCGCCGGCACCGACACCUGGGGCGCCACAGCAGCAGCAGCAUCUUCAACAACAGCAGUUGCAGCAACAACAACAGCAGCGCCGUGCCUCCCAUAGCAUGCCGUAUCCUUUAUCACCAGCGAAUGGCGUGGCGCACGUCGCUACUCCGCAACACUCGAUCCACCUGCCUCCGCAGCAUGUUGGAAGCCCACAGCAGCGAUUCCAGCAGGCUCCGAUGACACCGGGAACGCCCCAGCAGCAGCAGCAGCAGCUUAUCCGGCAGCAGCAGCAACUCAUGGCACGGCCACCGUUCACUGGUCAAACUGGUGUUCCAUCGCACCAACAACAGCAGCGCCACUUUAGCAGCGCGCCUGGCGGACCUUCCAUCGGUGCCGGCCCCUUUGGCUACCAUACGGUGAUGGACCAGCCGCAGCAGCAGCGCCUGAUGGAGCAAGCACGGGCACGAGCGUCGGCACAUGAGCGGACAAUGGGGUUUACGGACAAGAUGACGCAGGGAGGCAUGGGCCAAGUCGCUGGUCUAGCUGGGAUCGGGCUUGGUGGUGGUGGAGGUGGUGGCGGCGGCGGUGGCAUAGGAAAUGGUGGCGUUGACAUGUCUAAGUUGGCUGCGGCGCGCGCGAACAUGCCUGCUGGCGGUGCCAAUAUGCCGCGGCCUGGGCAGUACCAAACGCAGCCAUCACCCCAACCCCAGUUCCAGUCACCAGUGCCACCACAGGCCUACCUGCAGCAGCAACAGCAGCAACAGCCGGCCCGUCCCCAGGGCCAACCAUCACCAGCAAUGAACGGCACACCACAGCCACAUCACAUCCCGUCUCCGUCGCCAGUGCCCAUGAGCGCGUCGCCUGUGCCCGGUGCCGGAUUCCAGCGACCACCAUAA